AUGAGUCAGGCGAAGAAAGAGAAAAAAGCCAAAAAAGACAAAAAGGCAAAAAAAAGAAAGCGCAGCCCAAGCAGCUACAGCGACUACAGUUGCAGCAAGGACAGCCGAGAUGACUCUCGCAGUCGCAGUCGCAGUCCCUGCCGCAACCGAGGCCGAUCGCCGCCCAGACGGUCCCCGCCUAGGUAUAAUGCCUCAGGAGGUGGCGGUGGGUACGGAAACUAUGGUGGGGGCCGCGGAGGCUACGGCGGGCCUGCCCGCAGCCGCAGCAGGAGCCCUGCCUGGGCUGUGCCAGCUCCCCGAUCACCGAUGAAGCUUCCAGAAGGCCGGCCUCUCACCCUGGCAGAGGCAUGUGAGGCCGCGGGUCGUGGAGUGACGACCGGCAAGACGGCGCAGGAUGACGAAGUGCAAGUUCUGGAUCCAGACGAGGCACCCGUCAGAGCCGAGAAGUUUACAUCCUUCGACGAUGCAGACGAGUUCCCACGGGAAAUCCGAGAAGAACUCAAGAGUGCUGGCUUUCCGGCACCAUCUCAGAUCCAGGCUUACACCUGGCCGCUGGGUCUGCGAGGCAAGGACAUCAUCGGCAUCGCAGCGACCGGCAGUGGCAAGACAUUGGCAUUUCUCCUCCCAGCUUUCGCCCAGAUGGUUGAGGAGAAUCACCGUCCCGAGCGAGACGGUGCAGGAGCUCUAGUGAUGUCUCCCACGCGGGAGCUAGCGCAGCAGACCGAAGCGGAGGCUCAGCGCUUUGGGAAAUGCCUUGGCUUCCGAUGUGUCGCUAUGUACGGCGGUGCUCCAAAGGGCGACCAGAUGAGCAGGUACCGCCAAGGGUGUCAUACCAUCGUCGCCUGCCCGGGACGUCUCAAUGAUUUCUUGGAGGGCGGGCAGGUUCGCCUGGACGGAGUGUUGAAGCUCGUUCUCGAUGAGGCCGAUCGAAUGCUGGAUAUGGGCUUCGAACCACAGAUUCGCAAGAUCCUGGCCAGACUGCCGCGGAAGCGGCACACUCUCUUCUUUACGGCAACCUGGCCGAAGGAAGUGAGGAAGUUGGCAAGCGAGAUCCUAAACAGGCCCUACAAGGUCAUGAUCGGCAACCGGGAAGUGCUGAAGGGCAACCAGGACAUCACGCAGAUCGUGAAGUGCAUGGAUGCCUUCAACAAAAACCGGGAGAUUGUCAACACACUCAGGGAGGCAGGCUUGACGAACCCCAGCGCUAGCGGGAAGGCACUGGUUUUCUGCAACACCAAGCGGAUGUGCGAGAAUCUCAGCAAUGACCUUCAUCGCCAAGGCCUGCCUUGCACUUCCAUUCAUGGAGACAAGGAUCAGCGCCAGCGAGAAGAUGCUUUGCACGGCUUGAAGUCGGGCCGCUACAAGGUCUUGGUGGCAACGGAUGUUGCUGCCCGAGGGCUGGACAUCAAGGGUGUUGGGCUUGUCAUCAAUUUUGACCCAGCGAACAACACCGAGGAUUAUGUUCACCGCAUCGGACGCACUGGUCGUGCUGGAGCGAAAGGCUAUGCCAUCACCUUCAUGACCGGUCAGGAUGCCUCCAAAGCCCGUGGAAUCAUGGAAGUCAUGGAGCGAACCAAUCAGGAGAUUACCCAAGACUUGCUGAAGAUGGCAGGAUCGGCCCCGCCGCCAGGAGGACAUCGCAUGCGUGGCAGCCGAGGAGGUGGCGGGCGAGGAGGAAGGCGAAGCCCAAGCUUCUGA